AUCUGUUUUCUACUUCUCAGCUUCUAAAGAGAAGAAUUGCUAUACUUAUGGCUGGCAUUUUGCGCUCAGUAUUUCAGAGGCCUCCAGGCAGACUACAGACUGUGAGAAAAGGUGUGGAAUCUCUCAUUGGUACAGAUUGGAUUCGUCACAAAUUUACCAGAUCAAGGAUUCCAGACAAAGUGUUUCAGCCUACACCUGAAGAUCAUGAAAAAUACGGUGGGGACCCCCAGCACCCUCAUAAACUGCACAUUGUUACAAGAAUAAAAAGUACAAAAAGGCGUCCAUACUGGGAAAAAGAUACAAUCAAGAUGCUUGGACUUCAGAAGGCACAUACCCCUCAAAUUCAUAAGAACAUCCCCUCGGUGAAUGCAAAGUUGAAAACGGUUAAACACUUGAUACGCAUCCAGCCCCUGAAGCUGCCACAAGGACUUCCCACAGAGGAGACCAUGUCUAGCACAUGCCUCAAGAGCACUGGGGAACUGGUAGUGCAGUGGCAUCUGAAGCCUGUGGAGCAGGAAGCAAAGUCCUGAUGCCACACAGCUGGGAUUACAAAUCACAGUUACUGAGGAAAUGGUUCUCAUUAAAGUGUUUUCCAAUCCA